AUGGCUACGCAAAUGUGCUGUACUAUGAAAAAUGAAAGUAGUUACACGGAAUACAAAAUUACAAACCUCAACGGUUUUCGACAAACGGUUACGGCGCUGGUGACCUUGGCACAUCGCGUGACCUCGUGGAGCGUCCCUCUGAUGGAUGUUCUGGACAGUUUGUCAGACAUCUUCGAUGAUCCCUUGCUGAACGAAUUCACGGAAAAACUAUUGAGCGACAUUGAUUUGACGGAAUUAAAUGGAAUCUCGUGUGAUAUCAGCCAAUCUCAGGAUGAUGGUGUCAUCGAUGUCUCCGAAUCGGAGUACAAGAUCGAGUCAGAUGGGGAGAGUCGAUGGGAUUGUUCGAAUAGCACCACUCUGGAAGCUCUUUUAAAGUCCCGAAACCCUGUGUCUUGCGUCCCUCCAGCGCCUGAUUUAUGCUCAGAUCUAACAAAGGCCUCUCCCAACGUUACACAUUUGAAGGUUCGCGAUAUUAGCAAUCUGAACUUAUCCUCAAAUCACCGACGGAACUCCCUGCCAACUUUAAAAUCAGAUCCUGAGAAACCUUUGUUACCCAAAGAUGGAGUUAGUGGAGUAAAACCGAGGCUGAUCCGUGACUAUCUUGAGAAGUGUGAGACGGAAGAUCCGCUCUCGAAACAUCCUCGCCGAUACUUUAUUGAUGGUGCUGAAUCCCCGUACGAUCGAUCAAAAAGCGCAGAUAAGAACAACAGGAGGGCGCCGCACAAUGCGAUUGAGAAGCGAUAUCGGGCAAGUAUCAACGGUCGAAUUGAUGAGCUGCGAAAGAUCCUAAUUCCUUAUCCGACCAGUGAUGCAAAGAUGAACAAAUCUGCUGUUUUGCGCCAAGCCAUCGAUCGUAUAAGAGAAUUGCAGGAAAUGAAUGAACGUCUACAGGCGGAAGUACUCACCCUUCGUUCUCUGCACUCUUGUGGCCGAUUACAUAACGGAAGUCCUGAAAGUGGGAUCGUGUCCUUUGAACCCUCGCCUUCCUCAUCAACGAAUAUCAGCAGUCUCGACUUUGGUGGCUUUACCUCGCCCCCAUUAUCAUCGGACACUAGUUGUGGGAGCUCAUACCAUAAUGGCAUGUCGGUUACCUCCCGAACUAUUUCAAACGAACACCCGAUGACGUUGCUUGAUGCGUUGGAUGCAAAACAAAAUAAUUGGCCAAUAGAUGGAGAGAUUUCUCCCCAGCUGGUCGAUGCGUCGGACGUCCGAUCACUGGGUAACACGCAGUGCUCGGAAGUGUCGUUCGACGAUGGGGUUGAUUUGGUUACCUCUGCUGAAGCACAUCAGAUGUUUGUUUUUUCACCAUCAUACGGACCAGCCGAUUUCCCGAGUACAGUUGGUCAGGAUCACGCUUCUUACAGACAUUUAUCCGCACCUUCCGAGCGAAAUCCGCACUCCAUAAACAGUACAGCCUCCCUUGCAUCGCACGCACGGAACGGUCAUGACAGAUCGGCUCAUUUGGUGAACGUCUACCAUGGGAAACGACUGUUGUGUCCGGUUCAGUCAGGACCAGUCAAAGUACGCCGACAGACUUUACUAGCACCAUCUGCGAACAACAGUCAACGGCCAUCCGGUCUGAUAAUCCCUUGUGCUUCACAGCUUUCCAGCAAGCUGUCGGACACCUCGACUUCCCCGCCAAAUCCAAAAGCACUCCCAGUCGUAAGGCAGUUGCUUUGUUCCCCGCCUGUCAACGUCCCACCGACCACUAAUGCUUUGUCCUCUCAGAUGGUCGAGUCCACUGCACACUAUGUACAUGGUCAGACUUCCGGCUUUAAUGGUGUAGCAGCUCGUACGACGCUUUGUGUCGCCGCUCUCUGUCUCAUAACUGUGGACCUGACCACACUCUCAGGAUCUGGAAGCCACGCCACUGACUCAGCCAAAGAUAAUCCGAACGAGUUUCAGAUAGAGUGUGCGGUUCCCGAGUCUCUCGAAUGGACCGAGCUGAUCACCUGUUGUGUCCAGGACUUUGUUGACACAUCAGUCGAAAUGUUGAAGCAUGCACGUAAACAGUCUGACCAUUCGCUUCUACGAACGGAACCACUGGCCAAAAGUGGCUUUAUACUUGCGAUUGCUCUGAAUCGUGGAUGCGCUUUUCCACGCUUUAUUACGGUUCUUGUUUUCGAACCAUCGAAAGACUGUUCCAAGCUAGAGCCGUACAUCAAAGUUCUCCUUCAGUUUAAUGCUGCAAAAUCCUCAUCGUUGGGACGCGUCGAAACUGCGAUUGCAGCGUCCACUCCACAGGACGCUGAUUCUAAGGACGUUUGGUGGGCUAAAUUCAUCCAUGCUGCUUGGUAUAAUCGUGCUCGGUGUGCAACGCUUCCAACACAAAUGAGCGAAUCCAACACAACUUACGCAUCCCCAAUUCUGGAACGGCCACCACAAGACGUCCUAAAGUGUCCGCAUACUGGUACUUUAGCGGAAUCUGCCUGGUUAACUUACUGCUCGUUACAACGCCUGCAACACACUGGUACGUCGUCAUUCACGCGUGAUUCAAUUUCUGGCUGCCAACGUGCUGCAAUGUUGUUGAGGAAAUGUCUGCAACAACUAUCGGAGCUCAAUUCAAGCCACGGAGCACCCGAUCAGUCGGUGACAGACGUUUCGGAAAACAUGAAUCCGCCCCUGUUUUGGAUGCUAGCCUGUGAACUGCUCGUUGCAGAUUGGCAGCUCUCAUUUCUAGCUGCAGCCCUAAUGCCUUCUCAACGCAAUCUUCUUGAGGAAACCGUCGCCCAGUCUGCAACAUCCAAACAAACGUUAAGCGCGUUCAACACGGCUCUUUGGGUAAUGCUUCAAGCAUCUUCGCUUCUUUCGGCAACGACUCCAGAGUGGAUCACGAAAAAGCUAUCUUACUCGGAGACCAUCAAUCGUCUCCUUUCCGGUGCCAAUCCAGUCCACUCCCGUCUAGUUCUGAUGCACGCUUGUCAGAACUCACCAAUAAUGACCAAUGCAAAUAUUCGAUCACGAAUAUUCGAGUCAACCUUUUCCACCCGUGGGUCGGAACAACCGUAUUUGUUGUCGAAUUCGAGUUCGCCCGCAGUAGCAACGGUUGGUGGGAUAACAACUCCGGCCCCAUCUGUGUCCAACUCAAUGCUCUUGGAUUUCGAUCCGGUCACACUAAAGAACACGCUGUCUUGCGUCAGACCCAGCCGUUGUAGUAUCCUCACACAAUCGCCUGGUCAAUAAUUGGGGUGAACACUCCUGUACAGGCAUCUCCCACCAAUAUGAUUCCCCUUUUGCACCAGUUUUCCUCUAGAAAACAUAUUUGAUCAACCUUCACCGCGUGUGUCUACCCAUGUGUGCUGUCUGAUCCACUUCGCUCGCUUAUUUAUCCUUCAUUCACAUCAUCCUUGCAGCCCUACGUUUUGUUCUCAAGCACGCCGUUCAUAGGAAACGUUGUUUGUCUAACACCACGCCCUCAUGUGUACACGUUGAUGCUCAUUGAACGUUGUUAUCCUAUUUCUUAACUUAGCUUCAGUUUCAUAAAAAUUGCACGUAUCUAAAUGUGCGCUGUGCAUAAGCG